UGGGAGAAGUAAAGUGAUAUGACAGAAAACAUGAUUGAUAUUGGUUGAGCGCGGUGCAUAACAAUUAAAUCCUUAAAUUAAUAUACAAACUGGGGUCAAAAUAGCACAAGAAGAACCAGAUUAAGAGGAACAAUAAGCAUAUUCUUCUUCAUUACGUACAUCCCAAGUGGAAAACUAGCACGAAGAAGAAGAAGAACAACAAGAACCAGCACUUAAAAGAUCGAUCAAACUCAACUACAUAACUUCGACGGAAGAAAACGCAAAAACCGACGGAGAAAAUGAUGUUAGACGGAACCGAAGACGAAGAGAAGUUCCUCGCCGCCGGAAUCGCCGGCCUUCAACAGAAUUCAUUCUACAUGCACCGUGCAUUGGACUCGAAUAAUCUUAGAGAUGCUUUGAAAUAUUCGGCUCAGAUGCUUUCUGAGCUUAGGACUUCCAAGCUUUCUCCUCAUAAAUACUACGAACUCUACAUGCGUGCCUUUGAUCAAUUGAGGAAGCUGGAGAUGUUCUUUGAGGAAGAGACUCGUCGCGGUUGCUCUAUUAUUGAUCUUUAUGAGCUUGUUCAGCAUGCCGGCAACAUUUUGCCUCGAUUGUAUCUCCUCUGUACAGUAGGAUCUGUAUACAUCAAAUCAAAGGAAGCUCCUGCUAAGGAUGUUCUUAAGGAUCUUGUGGAGAUGUGUCGUGGCAUUCAGAACCCUGUUCGUGGACUCUUUCUCAGAAGUUACCUUUCUCAAGUUAGUAAGGAUAAAUUGCCUGAUAUUGGUUCCGAGUACGAAGGGGAUGCGGAUACUGUAUCAGAUGCUGUAGAAUUUGUACUCCAAAAUUUCACAGAAAUGAACAAACUUUGGGUGCGGAUGCAACAUCAGGGGCCGUCCCGGGAGAAGGAGAAACGGGAAAAGGAAAGGAGUGAGCUGCGAGAUCUUGUUGGGAAGAAUCUUCAUGUUCUCAGUCAGAUAGAGGGUGUUGACCUUGAUAUGUACAAAGAUGUUGUGCUACCUAGAGUACUGGAGCAGGUCGUGAAUUGCAAAGAUGAGUUGGCUCAAUUCUACUUGAUGGAUUGCAUAAUUCAAGUCUUCCCGGAUGAGUAUCACUUGCAAACUCUUGAUGUGUUGUUGGGUGCUUACCCUCAACUUCAGCCAUCUGUUGACAUCAAGACAGUACUAUCCCAGUUAAUGGAAAGGCUUUCAAAUUAUGCUGCUUCAAGUGCUGAGGUGUUGCCUGAGUUUUUGCAGGUGGAAGCAUUUUCCAAAUUAAGCAAUGCAAUCGGCAAGGUGAUAGAGGCACAGCCUGACAUGGCCACUGCUGGAGUUGUAACUUUAUAUUCAUCUCUUCUUACCUUCACUCUUCAUGUCCACCCCGAUCGACUAGAUUAUGCUGAUCAAGUCUUGGGAGCAUGUGUGAAAAAUCUCUCUGGCAAAGGUAAAAUUGAGGACAAGAAGGCAACGAAGCAGAUUGUUGCUUUAUUAAGUGCUCCACUAGAGAAAUACAAUGACAUUAUGACUGCCUUGAAGCUUUCAAACUAUCCUCGUGUAAUGGAAUUCCUUGACAUUCCAACUAAUAAGGUCAUGGCAACUGUUAUUAUUCAAAGCAUUAUGAAAAAUGCAACACGCAUUUCUACUUCAGACAAGGUUGAAGCGUUGUUUGAACUGAUAAAAGGGCUUAUCAAGGAUUCUGAUGUGACUCCUAAUGAUGAGCUGGACGAGGAUGAUUUCAAAGAGGAGCAGAAUUCUGUUGCACGUCUGAUCCAGAUGCUUUAUAAUGAGGAUCCAGAAGAGAUGUUUAAGAUCAUUGAAACUGUGAGGAAGCACAUACUGACUGGAGGACCAAAGCGUCUGCCUUUCACCGUUCCACCUCUUAUGUUUUCUUCUUUGAAGUUGGUCAGACAGUUGCAAGGUCAAGGUCAAGAAGAAAAUCCUUUUGGGGAUGAUUCGGCAACAUCACCAAAGAAAAUCUUUCAGCUUUUAAAUCAGACCAUCGAGACUCUGUCAGGUGUUCUGGCACCAGAGUUAGCAUUGCAGUUGUGCUUGCAAUGUGCUGAGGCUGCAAAUGACUGUGAGUUGGAACCAGUUGCAUAUGAAUUUUUUACGCAAGCUUAUAUUCUAUACGAAGAAGAAAUUUCUGAUUCCAGAGCACAGGUCACAGCUAUCCAUUUAAUAAUAGGAACUCUUCAAAGGAUGCAUGUCUUUGGCGUUGAGAACAGGGAUACUUUAACUCACAAGGCCACAGGGUAUUCAGCGAAGCUUUUAAAGAAGCCAGAUCAAUGCAGAGCUGUGUAUGCGUGCUCACAUUUGUUUUGGGUUGAUGAUCAUGAUAACAUGAAAGAUGGAGAGAGAGUCCUAUUAUGCCUUAAGCGAGCUUUAAGGAUUGCAAAUGCUGCACAACAAAUGGCAAAUGCUGCACGGGGUAACACCGGAUCAGUAAUGCUUUUCAUUGAGAUUUUGAACAAGUAUCUUUACUUUUUUGAGAAGGGGAACCCACAGGUGACAGUUGCUGCUAUCCAGGGCCUAAUUGAGUUAAUUAUGAAUGAAAUGCAAAGUGACACUGCGACUUCAGAUCCAUCUGCAGAUGCUUUCUUAGCCACUACUAUGCGCUAUAUACAGUUCCAAAAACAAAAGGGUGGUACAGUUGGUGAGAAAUAUGAACCGAUCAAGGUUUGACAUGCAGACUGAUAUUGUUGCGUUUAUGUUGCACUUUGGAGCAAUUUGUUCAUGUGAUAAUCCAACAACUGUUAUGAAUUGUCGUCUUUGGAUUUUAACCAAGGAAACCACAAGUUUGUGUUCAUCAUAUGAGCUGACAGCAAAAACAUGUUGGACAGUUUGGAUUUCGAUUAAUUAACUAUGUAACUAUUGAGACUAAGCAAAUUUUAAGUUUGCUGGAUCCUUUUCUCCCCAAAAUUGACAUUUAGUUUAGAGAAGUUAUCGUAGUACAGUUACUAGAUUUAAAUUCUUCUAGUUGUGCACAAAGGUUUACAUGGAUUUAUGGAUUUCUAUUGUGGAGUUUAUAGGCCGAUACUUUUUGUUUAUAUUUUGUAACGAACUUUUUGUACUUGCUACAGAGUGUUUCUUUGCGUA